AUGUCCACCACCAUCCCCAGUGGAACAGUAGAAGAAGAGCCCCUAACCCUCCCUCUCCUCAACGGCAACCUUAGGCGAUCCGCCUCCAACACCACCUCCCAAGUCGCCAUUGUCGGCUCCAAUCCCUGCCCCAUCGAAAGCCUCGACUACGAGUCUUUGAGAUUUUCUUGUUUAUUGGAAUUUAGUUGUUGGUGGUUUUUGAUAUGUAGGCUUAUAGAGAAUCAUUUUUUCAAGCAAGACUGGAGGAGUCGAGGGAAAAUCGAGAUUUGUCAGUACAUAUUCAUGAAAUGGAUUUUGUGCUUUCUUAUUGGGUUCAUCGUCAGUUUAAUUGGCUUCACAAACAAUCUGGCCGUCGAGAAUAUCGCCGGAAUGAAGUUCGUGGUCACCUCCAACAUGAUGUUGGCCAAAAAGUUAGAAUCCAUUUCAGUUAUUUACAACUUUAGCACUCCAAUUUCGGUUGUUAAUUUGUUGAAAUUUGGGUAUUGGGCGGCUUUUCUUGUGUUUGCAUCUUCGAAUUUUGGUUUGACUUUGUUCGCGUGUCUCAUUACGGCUUUUAUAGCUCCGGAAGCUGCUGGUUCGGGUAUACCAGAAGUUAAGGCUUACUUGAAUGGCGUGGAUGCACCAGCUAUAUUUUCUCUGAGGACUUUGGUGGUUAAGGUAAUUUGGGUUUAGGUGGCUGGAGUGAAUUGGGUGUCUAAAAAAUUUAAAAUUUACUGUAUUUCGGUGCAUUAGACCUGACACAUGAUGAUGUUUUGCUUAAUUGAACCUAGAAUGUUAAAAUGUAAUAGAUGGGAUGCCUGACAUAAUUUGAAUGGUUGAUUUUAAUUGGGUUCAUAUUCGUGGGAUCAAAUUUCACUUGUGUCUGUAAAUUUACAAGCUUAUAUGGUUAAAAUAUCCAAUUCAAGAAAUGGAAGUGCAAUUGGACAAUGGCAACAUGGUCUGAUAAUUAAAUAACAAACAAGAGCAAUAUACUGACAAAAGCAAUUAGAAAGUUAGGGAUAGUAAAUAUGAGAUGAGGGGAACUUCAAGAUGAGAACUGAAGAGGGGGAAGCCCUCUUUUCUUGUCUAAUUCAAUUUUUUUUU